AUGAGUCAAGAAGAAGGAAGCAGCAACAGCAACAGCAGCAGCAGCAGCACUGAUGAUGAAAGAAGGGUCGAGGAUGGUAGUGAAGGUGCGGAUGAAGAAGAUACGGACGGUGCGGGAAAGGAAGAAAGCGAACCCAACUUUAUGGAAGUGAUCGUGGGCAAAGUUAUUCGAGAACUCACCAAUGCCAGGGAAGCCUUCGAUGACUAUGCCAACCGUGAUGCGGAUGGUCAACAACAGCAGAGCGCAGUAGAAAGAAUCAGCCCAGGACGUCUCAGCUUCUUCAGACCAAAAUCCGCAGAAAGUAGCAGUGACCACAGUAAAGAUGAAGAAUCAGCGGUGGUUCAAGAAGCGUCCCCACAUGUUGAUGAGUCCAUGGAUCUUUCCAUCUCUCGCCAUCAUGUGUCCAAUCACACAGCCGCCGUCUUGUCUCUUACUUUGGAAGAACCCAACCAGGUUUCUAUCUCUGUGUGUGAUCUCUUUGCUCGUGAAGACCAAGUCCUUCCCGGAGCAUAUUCUGUGUCUGGACCCAGACCUGAGGACAUUUCCACUGCGGUUGAAUCCAAUGCCAACCUUAUUGAUGAUGCAGACUACAAUGAAUCCAAUCAUUCUCCAACUGCCACACCUGCGGAUCCAGAGGCAGUCUUGGCCACAGCCAACCCUGUAUCAGAGAUCCCCCGUGCACAGCCUGAACCGGAUGAUUUUGUGGCAAGUCAGCACAAGAGAAGAAAGUCGACAGAGCACAAACGUAUCCGGGACAUGCGUGCUAUGCGAACAUGCAUUGUUGCAGCACUUCUUGUCAUGGUCAUUGCGGUGGUUCUGAGUUUCCAUCUCAAAAGCCACUUCAACGAUCAGCCCGCGGCGGGUCGCUCCAAUAAUCCCUGCCACAUCGAUCCCAACGUUGGUGACAUCCCUAGGAAAGACUACAUGCUCUCCCUUUUACCGGAUUAUACUAAGGAGGCCCUCGGUGUGACCAAGGACAACUCUCCCAAUGCAUCCUCGGUAAUGACUCCACUUCCAUUUGCAAUGCUAUCACCUCAGGCGAAGGCAUUUAAUUGGACUAUCAACAACCCAAACUUUUGCUCCCACCGGUAUGAACCAUGGCAACUAAAACAGAGGUUUGCACUGGCCUGCUUCUACUAUGCUACAGGAGGAGAAACAAGCUGGAAAUCAACCGAGAAUUGGUUAUCAUACACGAUCAAUGAAACUGACUGGUACUCCAAUCAUAUUCCUAAAUGGAUUCCUUGGCACGACCUCCUCUACACAUACAACCUAUUUGAAGAAACAAGCCAUCAGCUGAAUCAUCUGUGGCUUGUCAAUAACAGCCUGGGGGGCACUAUUCCUCCAGAGUUGACUCUCCUUACGUGUCUCAGGUCAAUAGAUGUCACCGGCAAUCCAAUGCUGAGGGGCCCCAUCCCUUCGGAGAUUGGCAACCUUCAUCGGCUUGAAGUUCUAAUGUUCUCAGAAAAUACAAUGACUGGGGAGCUUCCUACCGAGCUGGGCCAACUCACCAAACUCCUGAGUCUGACAACAGAUAAUAACACCUUCCAGGGCACAAUCCCAUCACAACUGAGCAUGCUGGAAAACAUGACUGUGUUGGAUUUAGCUCUCUCGGGGCUUGAGGGGCGUAUACCAUCAGAACUGGGUAUAAUCCAUCCCUUAGGCAUUUGGUUGGAAGGAAAUGAUCUGAAUUCCACGAUUCCAACAGAGCUGGGACUCACCAGUGCUCACGUUCUGAACAUCCAUUCCAACAUGAUCACCGGCACAAUUCCUUCAGAACUGGGGAAUCUUCCACAUGAAUUGGGGUCUCUGGUUACAAGUGGAUUCUUGACUGGCCUGACAAUCAAUUCCACUUGUGUCACGGGAACCAUUCCUGAAGAGCUGUGUCACAUGGGCAGGUGGAAUGGUUCUUCAUGGGUAGGCCUAGCAUUUGAUUGCAGUGAGGGCCUCUGUGGAUGCAGUUGGUGUCCUUGUUUGAACAGCCCCCCAAAUACCACAAUCAUCCCUCUACAAUCACGAUGCACUAACAAAUCAAUGACGGCCGUUCCACCCUCCUCCAUUGGCGCUGCUACUCUGUCCACAACCACUUUUCACAUACUACUUAUCGGAGUGCACUUUCUGUUCUACUCAUUCAAAUAA